AUGAUAUUACAUACAAUAAUUGUAAGAGGAUCACUCAUUUUAGCAGAAUUCUCUGAUUCCGAAGAGGACUAUAGUAAUAUCAUUAAGAAAAGAAUUCCUGAUGUUAAGAACGGGUAAGAAAAUCAAAAAAUUCUGAAAGAUGACAUUUAUUUAUAUGCCAUAAACGACAAAGACCUAAAGUUUAUAUGCUUAUCUAAAGAGGACGACGAGAGUAUAUUCGUAAAAUUGCAAACACUAAUACAAGCAGCAUAAUAAAUAGAAACAGAUGGCAACUAUUCAGCUAAACUCACCCAAAUCCUACAUAAACACUUGAAGAAAGAUUAGGUUGUUGUCAUUCAAGAUGAGAAGUCAGAUUAAUAAUCUCCUCAAUAGACUAGAUUAAUAAAUCAACCCAUUUUAGAAAAAAAAGAUUAAAUCGAUUUCUAGAAAAAAUUAUGUUUCUCUGUGAUGUUACUUAUAUUGAGUGUGUAUUUGAUAUUAAACAAUAUUAUUACAAAUGCUUGA